AUGUUCACGCCGAAGGUGCUGCGUCAGAAGGGGUACAGGAUUACAAGAUUAAUCGGAGAAGGAAGUUUUUCGAAAGUCAAACUGGCCAGGUCACAGACACGUGGCUCUGAGGUGGCUAUCAAAAUUGUGAAUGGCAACUUAAUAUCUCCAGACGUUGCCACCAGGUUUCUACCCAGGGAGCUGGAACUUUUGAACAUCAUCAGCCACGAAAAUAUUGUUCGCGUAUUUGAAAUAAUUGAGAGCCAUAAUGGAAAAGUCUACAUUGCGAUGGAGCCGGCGGCAUCUGACCUCCUGCAGAGGAUCAACGAGGUCGGAAGGAUGUCAGUGGACGAGUCCAGGACCAUUUUCACCCAGACUGUUAACGCGGUCCGCUACCUCCACCAAAACAACAUUGUCCACCGAGACCUCAAGUGUGAGAAUAUGCUGCUGAUGUCAGACGGCCGAGUGAAAAUCACCCACUUCGGUUUCGGGAGGUUUUCAAUGGGAUACCCUGACUUAAGCAGCACGUACUGCGGUACCCUGGCCUAUGCCCCACCAGAGGUAGUGAAAGGCAUACCAAACGAUCCCCAAAAACACGACGUAUGGAGCAUGGGCGUUAUUCUGUACUUCAUGGUCGCAGGAUGCCAGCCCUAUGAUGACUCCAGCCCUGACCGAUUAAUAGAGGCCCAGGGCAAACCUGUAGUCUAUCCAGAUGACUUGCUAUUGCCGGCGUCCUGUCAGGCAUCCAUCUCCUAUCUCCUCCACUACGCACCUAGUACCAGACCCCGCAUCCAGCAGGUGGCUCAGCACUCGUGGCUACAACAGGCGGCCGAAAAUAACAACGAAGCACAAUAA